UCACGAUAAACAUGUCUAUCACUCAUAAACUUGAAGAAUUAUAGAGGGGUAAGAUCAGUAACUUCGAUGAGCAUCCUGCAGUUGAAAAAGAAUGCUGGAGUUACGUAUGUUAUUAGCAUGAAUUUUCUGUAGCGUAGGUAUCCUAAUCUAUAGUACAUUAUAUACAUGUUGGCUAUAUGGUAUCUAAAAAAGGAUUAGAAAAUGGCGGUAGCCACAAGGAGUGUGGUGAUGGUGGUACGGAAUCACCUUGGAAUCAUUAAUUACGCUGUUAGAAGUCUCUGUACAACUUCGCCAAACAAAAAAACAAUUUUUUGUAAGAAGCUAGGGUGCAUUUCAGCGUGUAAUUUCUCCCAUGAACUUUUGAGAUACAGUUAUCGCUCUCAUUCAUAUGUUAGGCAUUGCAUUUCAACGUGUAAUUUCAACCAUGAACUUUUGAGUUACAGUUAUCGCUCUCAUUCACAUGUUAGACAUUCCAGCAACAAGGGGAAGCUGCAUUGUAAUGUAGGUACAAUUGGACAUGUAGAUCAUGGGAAAACAACCUUAACUGCGGCAAUCACGAAAAUAUUAUCGAGAGAUGGAGCAACAAGAUUUGUUUCUUAUGACGAGAUCGACAAAGCACCAGAGGAAAGAGCUAGGGGCAUUACAAUUAAUGCAGCACACAUAGAGUAUGUCACAAAAAACAGGCAUUAUGCACACACAGAUUGCCCAGGGCAUGCUGAUUACAUAAAGAACAUGAUUUCAGGGGCAUCGCAAAUGGAUGGUGCUAUUUUGGUUGUAGCUGCCAAUGAUGGUCAAAUGCCUCAAACUAGAGAACAUCUACUGUUAGCUAAACAAGUUGGAGUUGAAAAGGUUGUAGUAUUUAUAAACAAAGCAGAUUUGGUUGAAAACGAUGUACUUGAACUUGUAGAGCUUGAGAUGCGUGAGCUGUUGGAUGAUUUUGGUUUCAAUGGACUUCAUUCACCAGUGAUAUGUGGUUCUGCACUAUUGGCACUCAAUGGUGAUACAUCAGAGCUAGGGGAGAAUUCUAUCUGGAAUUUACUAGAUGCCAUUGACAGGUACUUUGUAAUACCUACAAGGGACUACACAUCUCCUUUUGUGCUUCCUAUAGACAAUGCUUUCACAGUUUUAGGAAGAGGUACAGUGGUUAUUGGUACCCUUGGGAGGGGUAUAAUAAAGAGGAACAUGGAAGCAGAGCUACUUGGAUUUGAUGAAGAGAUCAAAACUACUAUUUCUGAUAUUCAGGUAUUCAAGAAAUCUGUUCCUGAAGCAAAGGCUGGUGACAAUUUAGGGGCAUUGGUAAGAGGUGUUCGAAUACAAAGUGUACAAAGAGGAAUGCUGCUGUGUGCAGCUGGAAGUCAGGCAAUCGGUAAUCAUUUUGAAGCUAACGUAUACUUUCUGACAAAGGCUGAAGGUGGAAGAAGCAAACCAGUUACAUCCAAGUAUAUACAGCAGCUGUUUAGUAGGACUUGGAACGUGCCAUGCCGUGUCGACUUGGUUAGCGGUGAAAUGUUAAUGCCUGGUGAGCAUGGUUCUGUGUAUCUCACUUUACUCAGAAGAAUGGUCAUGAUAGAAGGUCAAACAUUUACAAUACGUGAAAAUCACAAAACUGUAGGCACAGGAAUAAUUGUAAAAAUGUUGAAAAGUGUUAAUAUUGUGAAAUCAAAUUUAAGCAAAGUGGACAUUAAACAUGGGCUAUAAGAGCAGAUUCAAAUUAGCUUGUGACUUAGGAUUACAAAAAUAGUUUUGUUUUAUGUAUAUUAAGCUAUUUUUUACGCAUCCUCUGGAGGUUGUUCCUUGUUUCUCCAAUGAGUUGACAUUUUAUAGUUAGUUAACAUUGCUCAUUUCAAGUUCGAUGUAAAAAUUUUAUUAUGUACUUGAAUUUAAAAAUACAUUUCUAUCAAUCAAG